AUCAUAUCAGUUAAUCAUUCACAUUGAGCAACAUUACCUAGAAAAGUUUCACAGGAAGAUGCAAAGGAUAAUCGCAAUUGUGGCCAUUAUGGUAUUCGGCAUGUCCAUCGUGGAUGCCCAGACCUGCCAGGAGUGCCAGACGGAUAACGAUGUGUACUGCCUCACUCAGACCACAUAUCAGAAUUGCAUGAAAAAUGCACCAAUUGGAGAUGUUGUGACAUGUCCAACAGGCACUGUUUGCUCCAAUUCCGACGAUGUGUGUGUUGAUAGCUCGGAGGUGAACUCAACUAUCCUUGAUGUGUGCGGAUCCUCCGACGGAAACGGUGCCCAGUGCGAAGUGUGUUCAUCAGGUGCCAAAUACGCCUGUGUCAGCGGCACCCAGUAUGCCCGUUGCUCCUCCAGCGGUGGUCUACUCACCUCCAAUGUCUACAGCUGCGAUACCGAUGAGAUUUGUAUCGUCGAUGCUUUUUCAGCCUAUCAAACUGUCUGUGUGCCUUCAUGUGCCGCCGAUUUUCUGGAUCUGACUGCCACAUGCAGCAACAGUGCUUACGAGACAACAACAACAACGACCGCUGCCCCGACGACAACUCCCAGUGCUACUCAAAAAACUGAUUACUGCGCAGCUGGCGAGCCUACUACCAAUCCCGGAUACUUCUUUACCAGGAUCACUGAUGACUCUACGUGCAAUAGUUACCUAUAUUGCCAGAAAUCGGGAACUAGCUGGAUAGCCCUAUACAUGACCUGUGCCUCUUCGACCCCAUACUUUGACUCAACCACCAGUUCCUGUGUGGCAACCGAGCCUGCCAGCUGCGCGACCACCACUACCACUCAAUCUUCUACCAGUAGUGAUUCUUCAACAUCGGAUUCUUCCUCCACGGAAUCUUCUUCAUCUUCUUCGUCGACGGCGUCUUCUACGGAAUCAUCUUCUACGGAUUCUACCUCAUCUUCUUCGGAUGCAUCCUCUACAGAAUCUACCUCGACGACUGAUUCUUCUUCGUCUAAUAGUGAAUCCUCUUAAACAGAGUAUUCAUUGUUCUUUUAGUAACACAAGUAAUAGCUUUCUGAUGGAAGUAGAAAGAUGCCAUUGAAAGUAUAAAAACAUUGUAUUAGAUUUGUAAACAAUCUUUAAUCAUUUAAUAAAUCUGAGAUAAUAUUUACGUUA